UUUUUUUUUUUUUACAUUAGUGACUUCUGGGGACGAGCCAGACGCAAGAGAUAAUCAGGGAUUUGCUAAAGAUAAUGAAGGCUUUGGCGGCGAGGACGAAGGAUCUUCUGACAGAAAGGAAGAGGAAUCAAGGGAACGUAUUGACACGUAAGAAUGGGACAGUAUCCUGUGGAACAAAUGGAACUACUGUGUCUGACUGGUAACUAUAUUUUCCCAUCGUAUCAAUAGAAACGUGCUUAUUUGUUUUAUCUCUCAAACGACUUAUAGGUGCGCCAUAGGAAAAAAAGGUUUUGAGCUUAAUGAUAACGGUAAGUAAAAAGAUUGCAGUUUUCAUGGUCUGCCACUUUUCUUCUGGAGAUCUCUUGCCUGUAGUUUGCCAUAAAUUAAUUACAAUUGGUAUUUAGGUUAACAAAUAGUUCGAGAUUUGACGUUGCAUUUCUUGGAUACUUUUUGGUAAAGAUGCUUAGAGCAUCGCGCUUACACUUCCUAAUGUCUAUCGAUCGAUAGCCAACGCCCAUGUUUCCAACCAGAUUGCGAAUAACCCCUGAGUUAUAAUGGCAGCAACAGUCAGAAACACUUAAACCCGGAACAAGCUGUAUGAUAAUCAGUGAUAUACCAUGCCAUAGAAAAUACAGCCAAUCAGAAUACAGGGAAGCCGUUGUAUGCUCGACGGUAUUACACCCAAUCUUCGCAUUAUGGGCUCCAUUGUUGAUCGUUAGCCCGCAAACAAAGACGGAUUUCCGGCUUUUCUUUCACAUUUUUUCAGUGGUGUGAAGCAAAAGCUGAAAACCCGUUUAUGUUUGCAGGCUUUAACUACUGCAUCAUGUUCUAUGGCAUGGUGUUAAACAGUUAUGCAACACUUUCUCGUGACAUACCAUGGAAUAUCUCAAAAGCGAGAAAAUACAAUUAAGUGACCCGUGGAAUAUUCCAUGGUGUAGAUUCCACAGCGUAGCGUUACCUAACUAAUAUAGAUUGUUUUCACAUGACCCCAUGACAGCCAUUUGGUGUUCCAAAACAAUAAAACGGCGGCCAUGGUGGUUUCCCAAAGCAAUACUUUGGGAGUUGACCUCUUUUCCUCUGUGAAUACUUUCUUUUGUUCCAAUAAAUUUACAUGACUGCUGGCCAGGUGAGUGAAAGCGCUCUCUAUAUAUCGUCUAAUCAUGGAAAUAAAUUAUUUUCAUUUAGAUAGGGCAAGGAAUGAAAAAUUAUUGAUGAAGUUACUAUCCGAGAAGAACUCUUUUGACGCAAUUAAAAAGAAAAUCACUCCAAAGGCUCUUACAAAUUGUGUGUCAAAUUCCCUGUUGAUGGCGAUGAAGGUAAACUAUCGCCUUCGCAGCCUGGCAAAAAGUAAAGGAUCCGAGGGAGAGAUGUUCAAUAAGCUUGCUGACUCCGUGGAGGACUUUACUACUCGUCUGCUCGAUCCAAUGCAAUCUGAUCAAAGUCAGCGAUACGGCUUCGGUCAUUUUAUCCUAGAUGAUAUUUUGGACGACGCCAUUGACUUGGAACAGAAAAAGUUUUUCACUCAUCCAGUUGUUCAUUCCGAGAUGACUCGUAAAUGGCGUGGACGUGUUUUAAUGACCAUAAACAUAGGAAAGUGGACAUGGUUCUUUCUACACAUUUGGUGUCUUUUUGAAAUGGUUCUCGCACCAAUUACAUUUUACUGUGUCUCAUAUUUAACGGACACUUCUGGUAUUGGAGGCAGUGAUCGCGGAACGGGUGAACCCAGAAUCGAAAAUGGACGGAAUUUACAGUGCAUCAAGAGACUUACAUCCAGAGAUGAAAGGUAUCCAAAAGUUAAACUUUACCUGGAAUACUUGAAAACGCCUUACUUCAUCUUUGUACGGGACACAUUAAGCUACGUGGCUCUUCUUGGUCUUCACUACGCUUUCUGCCUGUCGCCCUCAAGCCUAGCGUUCAGUGGAUUAGAGUGGAGCAUACUUAUAUUCUUCAUAGGUCGCUCUCUAGUGGAGUUUGAGCAGAUACGGCUUAUAAUUAAACGCAUUAAAGGAAGAAGAGAGAGAGAAAAGGACGAAACUAAUUCAAAUGUUCUGGAGAAAGCACUCAGCAUCUACAUCAGUGAUCGUUGGAACAAGAUAGACGUAGUCAGUGUUGUAACCUACUUGGUAAUAUUCGUGCUGAGACUUACGACGUGGAUCACAUCUGAAUCUGUGACAAACAACCGAGCUGUGCUUGUGGCGAGCUACUUGUAUAGUUUCAACACCUUAUGCAUUGCUCUCAGAAUUGGUCACUUUGUAGAAACGUUCAAGGGCCUGGGAACAAUCCAGAUUGCUCUUUGUAACGUUUUUCAGGAUGUUUUUACGAUAGUUUGGCAGUUUAUAGCAUCUGUGUUUGCAUUUUCCGUUGCUAUAACUAAAAUAUACAUGGCAGAAAAAUCCUUCCAUGCAAGUGCAAGUAAUCAACAAAAUUUGGUCUGUAAGACAGCUGGGGUGUCAUGUUUUUGGGAGAUUCUUACUCAUCUCAGCUGGUCUCUUCUGGAGAUAGAACAAGAUUCCAAUCCUUUAAACUCUGUUGAUACUCCCUCAGUAGCUCUUGCUAAGCUGCUCUACGCUGUCUUUCUCUUCAUUGCAGUCAUUCUUCUUGUAAACAUGUUGAUAGCCUUGCUAUCCCACACUUAUCAGCGAGUAAGAGACAACGCGUUGAAGGAGUGGUCAUACAAGAAAGCCGUUACUAUUCAGACUUAUGAAUCCUACAAUCCAAUCCAUGCACCUCUUAACAUAAUAUCAGAGCUUUUCUUGUUGCAUUGGUGGGAUAAAAAAAAGGAAAGAAGAGAUAAAAAAAACAUCCGUCGACGCCAUGAUCAGAAGUCGAAGAUGCUUUUUCAACAUCUUGAGGCAAAAUACUUUGCAAAGCACGGAAACUUGUUCCCAGUUACAGAUGAAAAGAAACUGGACGAAGUGUAUCUGGAAACAGAGAGAAACCGACAAAUGCUCACUCAGAUUCUUCUCAGAACCGUCAACAAUCAGAACUUCGAUCUGCGUUCACGGGAUAUAGACCCACAGGAAUGGGACGUUGAUAGAGGUAUAAAUGUAAACGGCAAUGUUUUGACUUGUGAAGGAGUCGAAGAUUACAAAACUGAGGCUGAUCCAGAUAAAUGGGUGUUUGGUGCAAGAUAUACUCAUCCACUAUGCCCGGAAUUUCCUCAUUUUGAGGUUUUGAUCUUAGAAGCAGGAAUAAUGAGGCGGUUGGGAAUUGGGAUAGUGACGAAAUCUUACAGCAAGUCUUUAAUGCCUGGCUGGCGGGAUGGAACUGUAGGAUAUCAUAUUAAUCAUGGAAAAAUCUUCGAUGGGAGUCCCAUGGGCAAAGAAACAAAAGGGUAUGCAAUGGCUUUCCGGGGAGAUUUGAUUCGUUGCACAGUGGUGUUUAAAGAUGCAAAGAAAAUGAAUGAUGCAGAAGUGCGCGUUCCAGUGGUGUUCACACUAAACGACAAGAGAAUAGCUCCCGAAGGACCAGAAGAAGAACUUUUUACUCAUUACGACCCUAAUGGUCAAGGACUCUUCCCAUACAUCGCCAUGAUGGAUAAAGGAUGCUCCGUGUUGGCCAAGGUAACGUUCACUUGUCGUUUACGUCAGUCUGUAGUUACAUCAGGGUGCUUAAAUGAUGUUGUGUUUUCGCUUCCAUAAUAUAAACAAAAACGCUUGCUUAAUUGUGAAGUCAACCUCAGUAACUUGAAAUUUGUGCAACAUACACCGAAUGCAAAUAUGGCGGACCGCUCGGUUGUCGCCAGGGACGAGUCACAUGCAAGCGAGGCUAGUCAGGUUUUGAUGUUUUGUUUUGACAGAAAAGUCUUGCUUCGCCGUCGAUCUGGUCUGUCCUUGUUUCGCCCUCACUAUAAAUUGUUGUGUUCCUGAAUCCCACCAGAAGGAAUUGAAAUCUUCCACAGCAGAG